AUGGAACGGAAGAGUCCAUUUAUGUAUGUCACAUCUCAUGUUGAUCCCAUUGUUGCUCUUUUAGUCUCUUCUUUUGAUUUUGAGGUCUUUUCCGAAACAGAUAUCAUGAACAUGAUCUCCGAAGAUCAUGACAUUGUUGAUAUACAAGACGUCGAACCUUCUUCUCAAAAGAGAAAGAAAGAUGAGGUAACAAACAUGGUUGGAGCCACAAGAAAAAGUAAGAACCAAAAGGUCAUAACUCAGAUGGAAAGCGAAGAAAACCAUCAUCAGUAUGGUUUUCACUGGUGGAAAUAUGGUGGGAGAGCUGUCAUAGGGAAUGCAAAUCCAAGAAUUACGUGGAGAGAGGGGGAGACUACAUACGAUGGGAUGCACGAGCACGCUCCACCAGUUGGACACAAGACACCGUAUAAGUCAGUUCUAAAGAAUCUUUCCAGUUUGUCAAUGUCUCAAGAUCCCAGCAAUAGAACCGCUCAGUUAGGCAGGCAGCCUUAUUGCUCUUCGGCCUCUCAGCUUUUCUCAUCUCCAUUGCCCCCACAACUUGACAUGACACAGCUCUAUAUGGCUAGACUCUCUAAGCUGCCAAGUUUUCCGGUUAACAAGAAUCAUGUCUUAUGA